AUGCUGGAGACCCUGCCUCAUCCAAGGAGACCGAGCGAAGAUGCUUCAGAGGACCAAAGGAUGAGCAAGGAACUGCUGGUAGGCCCAUUUGCCGUACUAUCAUUAUGUAUGAAGAAAUCCAUAAUGUUGAUAUGAAAUAUGUCUGCAUAAAAUAUUUUGAGUGCCUACAGAGGUACAUUGCUCUGGCAAUCAAGCCUAUUGUGAAAGUGCUUGCUCUGUGCUAUUUAACUAGUGCUUAAUGCCAAAAUAGGCUUCUAAGCAAUUUUCAAAAUAUAAUAGGGUCGCCAUAUCUUAAAAAGUGAUUAUUAUUAUUAUUUAUUCAACUUAUACACCACCCUACACCCGGAGGUCUCAGGGUGGUUCACAACAAAACACAAAAGUUGUUGAGCUUUUUUGGCGAAAUCUCAAAAAGAAAAAACACUACCGACAUGGGCUGAAUACCAGCCGUGUCUGGGAAACUCCAGACAUAUGGCAACCCUAAAAUAUAACAACAAUUGGGCAAUCAUUAAAAUGUGGUGGUAUAUACAUGUCAUUUUUGAGUGUUUAAAGCUGUUUCAUUGAAACGUCUCAGCAACAAGUGUGCGGAAAUCUGGUUUUCAACAGGUCAUAUAACCAUUCUUCAAGGAACUUAGAUUUUGAAAGUCUACUUUAAGUGAUUUUCUGCCAAGAAAAUCUCCUCUUCUUGGGCGAGGUUCUCGAACGGGUGGUUGUGGACCAGAUCCAGUAGGCGCUCUUGGAGGAAACCGAUUUUCUGGAUCCAUUUCAUUGGGGUUUAGGACCGGUUUUAGGACAGAAACUGCUUGGGUCGCCCUGGACGGUUACCUCUGUUGAGAGAAAGAUGGGGAAAUAGGUCCUUGUUAAUUCUCCUCUGUCUCAGCUGCUUUCAGUACCAUUGACCAUGGUAUCAUUCAGAAGUUUGGCUAUCCUUGUUGGGCCACCAGGAAUACACAUAUAGAGGGUCUUUCACUGCUCUCAAAGGGAAAGGAAUGGAGUGGGCUUUGGCUGUGUCUGUGUGAGCGGGAGAAGGAGAGAAAAUGUGGUGUGUUUUUUUGUGCAUAGGAAAGAGAACCGGGGGGGAGGGGGGAAUCUGCUUCCCAGCCUUGUGCAGUGUCACUCAGAAGCAAGCUUAAUUUUUCUGCGAAACAUGCUUCACCCUCCUUUUUUAAUCGCAGAGGAAGGCAGACGUGGAGAGGGAGGAAAUUGUCCAAGAAUGGAAGGAUCUCUGUCGUUUUCUGGAAGAACAGAAGCAGCAGCUGAUCUGGUGGCUGGAAAGUCUUGCAGGGAACAUCAUCGAGAUAAGGGGGCAAAGUCCGUCCGUGGAGACCCAUCCACCAAGCGAAACAGGGGGGUCGCAGGAGCAUAUUGACUGCCGGCAGGUGAGACUUCUUCCUUUUUUGGAAAUGAUUUUUAUUUGAUUAAAAAAAAUAAACAAGAUAUAGCAAAAUCAUUUAUAAGUCCAUAUACUCUGAAUCUCGCGACUUCUCCCCCCCACUCUCCGUGGGUCCUAAUGCUAAUAUUUACGCCUGCAUAUCAAUUCAUUGUCCAGAUAUCUUGUCCCUCUAAAUUAUCUAUACUUUUUGUUAGUUACUUUACAAGUGUGGUUAAAAUUCUGCUAAUGUUUUCAUCUGUUUACAAUGGCCUCGUAGAUAUAUUACAAAUUUUCCCCAUUCUUUUUUAAAGAUCUUGUCCUCUUGGUUUCUGAGCUUCCCGGUUAAUUUUGCCAUUUCAGCAUAGUCCAUGAACUUGGUUUGCCAUUCUUCCAUGGUUGAGAUUGUUUUUUCUUCCCAUCUCUGGGCUAAUAACAUCCGUGUGGCUGUUGCCGCAUACAUGAAAUGUAUUUUCUGGUCAUUUGGAAUCUCGGUACCUAUAAUUCCUAAUAAAAAAAGCUUCUGGUUGUUUUUAACAAAGGUUAUUUUAAACAUUUCCCCCCCAAUUCAUCUAAAAUCAUCUCCCAGAAGGUUUUAGUUGCCUUACACAUCCACCACAAGUGAUAAAAGGUACCGUCUUUGUCUUUACAUUUCCAUCAGGUGUUUCUACUUGUUCUGUACAUUUUCCCUAACUUGUUGUUGUUGUUGUUUAGUCGUUUAGUCAUGUCGGAUUCUUUGUGACCCCAUGGACCAGAGCACGCCAGGCACUCCUGUCUAGGAAUGCAUGCUCUGUGGCUUUAACCGUUAAAGGGCCAAACUGGGGCAGAAGUAGCCCUUUCCUGGCUUUCCCCCAGUUCAAUGCCAUGCCCUCCAACAUUUCUCCAAUGAAAAUUGUUGUUGUUGUUUAGUCGUUUAGUCGUGUCCAACUCUUCAUGACCCCAUGGACCAGAGCACGCCAGGCACUCCUGUCUUCCACUGCCUUCUGCUGUUUGGUCAAACUCAUGUUGGUAGCUUCGAGAACACUGUCCCACCAUCUCGUCCUCUGUCGUCCCCUUCUCCUUGUGCCCUCCAUCUUUCCCAACAUCAGGGUCUUUUCCAGGGAGUCUUCUCUUCUCAUGAGGUGGCCAAAGUAUUGGAGCCUCAGCUUCAGGAUCUGUCCUUCCAGUGAGCACUCAGGGCUGAUUUCCUUCAGAAUGGAGAGGUUUGAUCUUCUUGCAGUCCAUGGGACUCUCAAGAGUCUCCUCCAGCACCAGAAUUCAAAAGCAUCAAUUCUUCGGCGAUCAGCCUUCUUGAUGGUCCAGCUCUCACUUCCAUACAUCACUACUGGGAAAACUUCCUAACUUAGUAGGAGUCAAAUACUACCGGUAUAUCAUUUUCAUAUCAUUUUCUUUCAGCGUACAACAUGCCGUCUAUUUCAAAUCUGUUUUCCGUAGCCUCUCCCAAUCUGCUGGCAGGUGAGACUUUGCCAAUCCAGUGAAAAGACGGGACUGCUUCUUGCUCGUCCAUUCAUUGGAGAGACAGUGCUGUCUACCAGUUAGAGUGUCCUGGGACCUGGGAGACCAGGGUUCGAGUCCUCACUCGGCCACGAUGAAGCCUUGAGCCCAGUCACAGCCUCUCAGCCUCACCAACCUCACAGGGUUGUUGUGGGGGGAGGAAAGGAGGAUUAAUUCUUUUUUUAUUCCAAGAUGAGCCUAUUUGCAUGCAUCCUGUUGCUUCAGCAUAGUAUCUGCAAUGCAGACUGUUCACCCAAGUCGUUCCUGUUGUCGUCUCUUCCCUCCAGGCCACUGGCAGUUCCAGCAGCAGACAAGGAAACUUCCUCGAGGUGGAACUGAGGCUUCACCAUUUCUCUGAGAGGAGGAAGGCCGUCUUGGGAGAGGCGCUGAACUGCUUCCGAGGUGAGCAGGGGUCUUCUGAGUUCUCUCUUGGGCAGCGAGACGCCCAUCAAAGCUCUAGUGAAGGCAAUUUGCACCUGGUCCUCCACCCCAGUGCAACUGAAAAGGUGCUGGGCUCACCGUGAAAUUGUUACAGUAUGUGCCACACUUUUAGCCAGUACUAUGUACCCUUGAGGCCCCCCCCACCCGAAAGAAACACUGAUUAUUAUUAUUUAAAAGACUGAUAUACAGCUCUGCAUCAAAAGAUCUCAGAGAGGUUCACAACAUAAAAACACAAGUACGGCAAUUAAAGCAAAAACAACUAAACGAUAGCCCACGCUACUUUAUGUCUGUUAAACAUUAAAAGCUUCCCUAAACAGGGCUGCCUUCAGAUGUCUUCUAAAAGUCUGGUAGUUCUGUUUCUCUUUGACAUCUGGUGGGAGGGUGUUCCAAAGGGCAGGUGCCACUACCGAGAAGGCCCUCUUCCGGGUUUGAUUGUUUGGGAGCCAAAACAUUUGAGAUCUAGGCUGUCCGACUUCCAAGGUACAACUUUGUUGCCAUAGCUCAAACCAGGGCAUUGCCGGUAUUUCUGCUUCCAGAAUCCAGUGCAGACAAAAAGAGAAAUGGCUUGAGUAUGCACUUAUACCUUUUAAAAUGCAUUAUUUCCCUCAAAGAAUUCUGGGCACUUGUUGAGGGUUGCUUAAGGUUUAUGAUGAGGCUAUCUGUUUCCCUUGAGGAAGGUGGAAUGUGUGUUGAUCAGAAUACAAAAAAAAAGCAGUUUCUCUCUUUGCCUUGUUUCCAGAGUCCCUGAAGAUGGAGCUCGAAAGUCUGAUUGGUACGUCCCUGGCUCUGACGGGACCAAAGGGGUGUUUCGUUUUAUAAAUAACAGCCGAAACAGUGUGUGAAGCCCUCUUUCGACUUGGGAUCCCCAGCGGCUGCCGUUCAGAGGCACCUACCACCUCUGACACUGGGGACACAGCCGAGCUGCCUGCUACUAGCGAAAUGCUUGAACUUGCUCUCUGCUACUAGCAACUUACUUGUCCGCGGCUUUUCAAACUGUUUAUGGGGAAGGCAGGGGUGGGGUGGGAGAGGACAGGAUGAAAUCUGAACGAUGCCUUUUUUUUGCAGCUCCUCCCUUUCUUCCGGAGUCUCGUUUUAAAGACUCAAGAACAUUCCCCCCAUCUGGCUCGGGAAAAUUUCCUUGGGAGCAACGUGAAAUGGAAACAGACGCAGGAUCUGUAGUUCAGGUGAGGGUGUUUAUUCCCUCCUUACCACCCUUGCCCUGACCUCGCCACUGUGAUCCACGCGACGGUCACCUCCAGACUUGAUUAUUGUAACUCGCUCUAUGUGGGGCUGCCCUUGGGACUGACCCAGAAACUCCAGCGGGUGCAGAAUGCCGCGGCGAGGCUCCUUACGGGGUCCUCACCGUGGGAUUACAUUCACCCGGUGCUAUACCAGCUGCACUGGCUCCUGGUGGAGUGCAGGAUCAGGUUUAAGGUGCUGGUUUUGACCUUUAAAGCCCUAUACAGCCUAGGACCCUCGUACCUACGGGACCGCCUCUCCUGGUAUGUCCCACAGAGGACCUUAAGGUCCACAAAUGACAAGAUCUUGGAGGUCCCAAGUUGAAGGUGGUUAGAUUGGUCUCAACUAGGGCCAGGGCCUUUUCAGUACUGGCCCCAACUUGGUGGAACGCUCUGUCACAAGAGACUAGGGCCCUGCGGGACUUGACAUCUUUCCGCAGGGCCUGCAAGACAGAGCUGUUCCACCAGGCCUUUGGCCAAGGCACAGUGUGACCCCCUCCUUUGGUAAUCCUCACAGAACUCUAGCCGAAUGGUUGCUAUUAUUUUGAUUCUGAAUUGAUUUUAGAAUGUAUUUCAAUUAAUUGACUGUGACUUUAUGUAAACUGCUAUUUUACUGUUGUUAGCCGCUCUGAGCCUGGCUUUGGCUGGGGAGGACGGGAUAUAAAUAAAAAAAAUAUUAUUAUUAUUAUUAUUAUUAUUAUUAUUAUUAUUAUGCUACUGGGCAGUGUGAGCAGCUUUGGAGGCAGAAUGUCAGGACUCAGCUAUACAGCUGCAAAUAUAAUUGCUUUAAGUAUGUUUAAAGUGCAUUAUAAAAUUGUGACACCAGAUGGCGCUGGUGAGCUAAUGGCAAAUUCCAUACAGAUUUCAAAACGUGUUUUUUUUAAAGCAUAUUCACAGCAUUUUUUUUUAUAUAGUGUGUAGAUUUGGCCCAAGUAUUCUAAACAUCACACACACACACCAGCCUGGUUACCCGAGUCUGAUCACAAAUGCCGAUUUCAUUCCCAGAAUCUGCUGAAGUUUGAGGACGUGGCUGUGGAUUUUACAGAUGGCGAGUGGGACCUUUUGGACGCCCACCAAAGGACCCUCUACAAGGAUGUCAUGCAAGAAAACUACGAGAACACGACCUCACUGGGUAAGAGGGCAGGUCUGGGUUUUAAACCAUCGGCCGCGGGGAAAGCUUUCUAUUUCUUUACCAAAACGUCUGCACUGCUUGACCGCUGUAAAAUGUCUAAGCGGUUUACAGGAAAUAUUAAAAGAUGUUAAUAGCCGAUAAUUGGAAAGGAAAUUAUGUUCUAACCAAAGAAGAAUGGUUGAAUAAAUUAUGCGAAUCCUUGGAAUUAGCAGAGUUAACUGAUUUGAUAAGACAAAAACCAAAAAAUAUAAUCCAGAAACAAUGGAAAUGUUUAAAUGAUUAUUUAUGUAGACAAAGAUUAAAUGUAAGGUAUUGGUUGUGUUCAGAAUAGAUUUAUGAAAGAUUUAGAAAACUUAUUGAUUAGAAUAUUUGUGUGAGAUUGUAUUGGAAAAAUACGGAAUAACAGAUACAGUCUUGCUUAAAAUGUAUAUAGGAAGUGCAGUGUGAGCGAUGGAAGUCAAUCAAUGAAAUUUUAUUAUUAUUUUCAUAUUGAGAUAUUUGUAGAAUAAAUUUGGAAUAAAUUCUUCCACCUUUUCUCCUUUCCUCUUUAUUUUUUCUUUUCUUCUUUUCUGUUCUUUUUUAUAUAUGUGUGCUUAUCUGAAAUAUAUAUGUAUGUAUUUGCAAAAUUUUUCUUACAUUUUGUAAUACCGUAUUUUUCGCUCUAUAAGACGCACCAGACCAUAAGAUGCACAUAGUUUUUUGAAGAGGACAACAAGAAAAAAAAUAUUCUGAAUCCCAGAAGCCAGGACAGCCAGCGGGAUUGCAGUGCAGCGAUCCCACUGACUGUCCUGGCUUAUGGGAUAGCUACGCGCAGCCUCUCUCGGGCAGGGGGUGAAGGCUCCCAUUGCCCAGGAGAGGCUGUGCACGGCCAAGCAAGAAGCCAGGACAGCAGCGGGAUUGCAGUGCUUUGGGGAACUGCAGGAAGGCAGAGAACUUUGGUCCCCACAACUGCCUCAUAGGGGCAAGAUCUACAGGGACGAGUUGCCGCGCUCAUGAGGCCUGGCCUCGUGAACCAACCUCGUUACUUUAUGAGACGAGUGAUUGUUUUGCUGGCCUGCUCCUGACAGGUGUUGUCUGGGGAGGCCAAACAGAGUGACCCGGAGGGUCCAGGGUUCCCCACACCUUCUGUAGACUCAGAAAUAACUGUGACUUCCUCCUCUUCUCCCCUGGCUUCCUUCCUGACCAGUUCUGGCCAUCACCAAGCCGGGCACGAUCUCUCGGCUGGAACAAAUGGACGAGCUGCCAGCAACGGAUCUCCACAGCGCCAGGGACCACGUAGGAGGUAUGCCAUUCAGACGUAAUAUUUGCUGGGAAGGGGAAGGCGAUGAUAAUAUGGGAUGGGAUUCUGGGCAGUGGGAGGGUUUGUACCCAUUGGUGGUCUGGAGCGCAGCAAGGUUGUUUCAACCCUGCUGUGUCUCAAGUCGCUUUCUUGAUAAUAAUAAUAAUAAUUUAUUAUUUAUACCCCACCCAUCUGGCUGGGUUUCCCCAGCCACUCUGGGCGGCUUCCAACAAAAUACAGUGGUCUGUUAAACAUUAAAUCUGAAGGGCUGCCUUCAGAUGUCUUCUAAAAGUCUGGUAGUUGUUUUUCUCUUUGACAUCUGCUGGGAGGGCGUUCCACAGGGCGGGUGCCACUACCGAGAAGGCCCUCUGCCUGCUUCCCUGUAACCUCACUUCUCGCAGCGAGGGAACCGCCAGAAGGCCCUCGGAGCUGGACCUCAGUGUCCGGGUAGAACGAUAGGGGUGGAGACGCGCCUUCAGGUAUACUGGGUUGUCAUACAAACCACAGAGGGACACAAGGGUGUCUUCAUCCAAUUCCCAUUACCCAUUCUUUCCUCUUCCCUGUUCUUAGCCAUCACAAACCCCAAGACAUUGGCAAAAGUGGAGCAAGGGAAUGAGAUCUGGGCUGAGCGUCGGUGCAGGCCUCAAGGAAAUGCUUGCAGCGAGCCAACAGGUGAGGCCACUUGGAAACCACAAACAAGCUUUUUUUGUCUCCAGAAGUUGGCUGCGUCUACAAAUGGGCGGAUCCUUUAAGCCAUCAUGUCUUGAUAGAUCUGUGCUCCCCUAAUUUGUCACACCGGCUUUCUCCUUUCCUACAGAAGUCAGACUGGCUCCUUCCUUGUUGUCCUUCUGCUGGCAGGUGAAGUCUCAUUUAUUCUGACAGGCCUCUGGGAACUGUCUGCUUUUGUUUUAAGGAAAAGGCUUCAAAAUUGCUGCUGCUGCUGUUGUUGUUGUUAUUGAUAAUGAUGAUGAUGUUGGUGAUGAUGAUGAUAAUAAUAUAUUACGUGGCGCUGUGGUCUAAACCACAGAGCCUAGGACUUGCCAAUCAGAAGGUCGGCGGUUCGAAUCCCCGCUACGGGGUGAGCUCCCGUUGCUCGGUCCCUGCUCCUGUCAACCUAGCAGUUCGAAAGCACGUCAAAGUGCAAGUAGAUAAAUAGGUACCGCUCCGGCGGGAAGGUAAACAGCGUUUCCGUGUGCUGCUCUGGUUCGCCAGAAGCGGCUUAGUCAUGCUGACCACAUGACCAGGAAGCUGUCUGUGGACAAACGCCGGCUCCCUCAGCCUAUAGAGUGAGAUGAGCGCCGCAAACCCAGAGUCGGUCACGACUGGACCUAACAGUCAUGGGUACCUUUACCUUUACCUUUACCCAUCUGACAGGGUUGCCCCAGCCACUCUGGACAGCUUCCAACAUAAUAAAAACACAGCAAAACAUUAAACAUAAAAAACUUCCUGAAACAGGCUGCCUUAUCUUUUUUAAUAAGAUGAUAGAUGAUAGAUAGAUAGAUAGAUAGAUAGAUAGAUAGAUAGAUGAUAGAUAGAUAGAUAGAUAGAUAGAUUCUAUCAUAGUUUAAUUACCUUUUAAAGUAAAUCCUGCCAACCUAGCAGUCCGAACGCAUGCCAGUGCAAGUAGAUAAAUAGGUACCGCUGCGGUGGGAAGGUAAACGGAGGUUCCGUGCGCUCUGGUUUCCGCCACGGUGUUCCAUUGCUCCAGAAGCGGCUUAGUCAUGCUGGCCACAUGACCCGGAAAGCUGUCUGUGGACAAACACCAGCUCCCUCGGCCUGAAAGCAAGAUGAGCGCCGAAACCCCAUAGUCGCCUUUGACUGGACUUAACCACCCAGAGGUCCUUUACCUUUUACUUUUACUUUUUACAGAUUAUCUUUUAAGUUUUUUGUCUUGUAUCUGUGUUUGUGUAAGCAGCCAUGAGUUCUGGUCUGGGGAAAAAUACAUGAUAUAAAUAUAUUAUUAUUAUUAUUAUUUCCCUCUAUUUAAGAUGUUGUCUCACCUUCCUUCUGUUUUCUCCAUCUUGUUGCCAGUGCCAUUGUUGCAUCUAUCAACCUGAUGCAUAGCUCAGUCGGUAGGACAUCAGACUCUUGAACUCAGGGUCAGGGGUUUGAUCCCCAUGUUGGGUGAAAGAUUCCUCAUUGCCGGGGGUUGGACUAGAUGAUCCAUGUGGUCCCUUCCAACUCUUCUCUUCUCUUCUCUUCUCUUCUGAUGACUACAUGUGAAUCACACUGAUAUAUCUUCUCCUUUUCCCAGGAGUUGCUGAGAGAACAAGAGAGAAUGAGGGGAGGGGUCUUCAACCAGAAAACUUUGAGCUGGCAGGGUCACACAUUGCAUUGCUUCAAAGCACUGAGACCAAGUCCAAAUCCCGUGAAAAGCAGGAAGCCCCUGAGACUCAACCCAUGUCGCCAGGCAGCCAUCUUGGAGAGCAGCUACUGGAACCAGUUCUUUUUGUGGGGCUAGAGAAGAACACAGGCAACAUAGGGACGGGACAGGAGAGCCAAGAGCUUUGCUCCGCCUGUGGGAAGGUCUUCAACAACAGGGCAAGCCUGGUUAGACAUCAGAGAAUCCACAGCGGGGAGAAGUCACACACCUGCACAGACUGCGGGAAAAGCUUCAACAAGAGGUCCAACCUUAUUACUCAUCAGAGAAUCCACACGGGAGAGAAGCCCUACCGGUGUGUGGAGUGUGGGAAAAGCUUCAGCCUGAGCUCCAGCCUCGUCCGGCACCAGAGGAUCCACACUGGGGAGAAGCCCUACCAGUGCUCUGUGUGCGAGAAAAGCUUCAACCAGAAGCCCUCCCUGGUGGUGCACGAGAGGACCCACCGCCGUGAGAAGCCCUACAAGUGCUCGGCGUGCGAGAAGAGCUACAGCCACGCCACGAGCCUCAUCGCUCACGAGAAAAUCCACCGGGAGGAGAAGCCGUACUGGUGCGCGGAGUGCGGGAAAAGGUUCAGCUUCAGCUCUCAGCUGAUCACCCACCAGAGGAUCCACGCGGAAGAGAAGCCCUACAAGUGCUCUGUCUGCGGGAGAGGGUUCAGCCGCCCCUCCAGCCUCGUUGUGCACGAGAGGGUCCACACGGGAGAGAAACCCUACAAGUGCACCGCCUGUGAAAAGGGCUUCCCCUCCAACUCGAGUCUGGUGAGGCACCAGCUCACCCACGUGGAAGAGAAGCUGUGUGCGGAAUGCGGGAAAAGCGUCAGCCCAACUUCCCGACUCCAGAGGAUCCAGGCCGGGGAGGAAAUGGCCAAGUGCCCGGGAUGCGAGAACCGGUUCGACUCGAGUCCCAGUGGUUUUCCAGUGGCGCAUCUUCCCAAAUGGAGGAAACCCGUUGGCAGACGAAACAGCAGUCGGCGUGAUGACAUUCGUAUCGUAGAUUCCGCAGAGGUGCAGCUGGAGGACGAUGUUUUCAGCCAAAGCUCCCUGCCUCUGCAUUAUCACAUUCACUAUGCGGGAUGGGAAUGA